CUUCACGCAACUGCGGGGCUCUCGUGCAAGCCUUUCUAAGGCAAGGCAGGCAUCCAGCCAUGGGCAAAGCCAAAAGACGGACGUCUCAACAGGCCUCCAGCCCUGUCCAAGAAUCUCCAAGGAAAAUGUGCGUGACUAGGAGGCAAGGUUCCGCGCCAUCGACAGCAGGCAAAAGGAAUCCAGUUGUCACCAGAGCCAAAAGACAGCCGUGCCAACCAGCUCCAUCCAGCUCGGUCCAAGGUUCUCCUGGAAGAAACGGCGUGAAUAGGAGGCAAGGCUCCGCCGCAAUGAAAGCAGACAAAAGGUUCCCUGACGAAGUCAAUGUCUCGCAACCAGACACAGAGGGCAAGCUUACGGCUACGAGGUCCUUGCAGUGCGGCUUGUGCGAGAAAGUUUUCAAACGCAAGUCGCAGUUGCGAGCACACUUGUAUGUUCACGUACGCGAAAAACGGCACGCAUGUGGCGUGUGCGGCAAGACAUUCUCGCAGAAGAAGAACCUGGUGAUCCACAGUCGCUCGCACACGGGCGAGAGACCCUUCGAGUGUUCGUCCUGCCCGGCCACGUUCACCAGAAGCAGCAUUUUGAAAAGCCACAUGUUGACUCACACCGGCGAACGACCGCAUGAGUGCAGCGACUGCGGACAGAGAUUCGCCUUGAAGGCAACCCUCGCGUACCACGCGCUGACUCAUUUGGGGAAGAAGACGGUCGCCUGCCACGUGUGCGGCCGAAAAUUUUUCCGCAGCGACGCACUCCGGAGGCACGCCCGCACGCACACUGGCGAGAAGCCGUACACCUGCCACCUGUGCCCCGCUACGUUCGCGCUCUUGAAUACGCUGAAAGGGCACGUUCUGACCCACACCGGUGAACGACCUCAUAGGUGCGAUGUAUGCGGCAAGAGAUUCACAAAAAGAUGCGCCCUCUCGCAGCACAAGAAUAUUCACUCAGGUCUAAAGAAGUUUAUCUGUCAAUUCUGUAGCCGCAAAUUCUGCUCUAAACAAGUACUAACAGACCACACCCGUACGCAUACAGGCGAGAAGCCGUAUCUAUGCAGCCUCUGUCCUGCUGCAUUUGCGCAGACUAGAGCCAAUAGCUGUGAUAUGGUGUUCUGCGCCGUUUUUGGGUGCAACAAUCGGUCUCAGACGAAGGAGGAGAAGUUACAGAGCAAUGCACCGGAUCCGCGCUUCUUUAAGAUACUGAAGGUGCGGCUAAAUGAAAGCGAACAGACGCGGGUGCUGUCCGAAAGGCGCCGACGAGAAUGGUUGGCCAGAAUUAACCGGAAAGGCCUCGACGCCAACGUGCACAAGUGCAAGAAUCUGCGGAGCCAGAUGAAGAGCCUCCAGCUGAUGGGCAAAGAGAAGCAGCUGUCACUGCAUCUGAAGAUGGAGCUUGCCAAACCGACUUGA